UUUUGAUGUCGCCCAAUUGCUUUUGUCCAUUACUGUAGCUUCCAGCCCGAAGCGUAUGACAGCGACGGGGUUGAAGCCGCUCAGCUUCCGAUGGAUCCUCAUGGGCUGCAUCGGUGCGCUGGUCUUGUUUCAGUCUGUCGACGUGUUCCUGACGUACAGAGCGACCUCGUUGUUAUCGCGCUCGAAGCUCCGACAUGCCAUCCGGCCUUUGGUGGCGCCGCAGGAGGACGACCUGCUGCACAUGAAUGAGCUCAUGACAGAAUGUCUUACCCGAGGAGAUGCGAUCGUCUCCAGCCGGUACAUGCAACCUCCGUUGUGGCGUGAAUCCGACACGAAGGACAUCCUCGCUGAAGUCAUGCGGUGUCCCGAAGCCGAGGUCUUCCUUCCAAUCGGCAUCCGAUCCUAUGGGUACUGCGAAGACGCCAUGGCGUACGUCAAGUUCCUAGAGACCCGUGCGAUGCCCAUGUGGGUCUACGAAAUCGACUUCCACAUCGACGGCAAGACGUACUCGUACCACGACCUGUGUCCGCACACUGCCGUGAUCCUCAUGAACCACUACUGGGACGGCCUUCCCGAUCGCCAUGACUUUCCAUCGACCAAGAAGCUCAUCCUCAUGCCUAACGUCGAAAUGUACGAUCUGAAAGCCUCCCACUACCAUCGCGUCGACUACGUUUUGGCCAAAACCAAAGACGCGUACCAGCGUAUCACACAAUGGUAUGACCGCGACGACAACAACCGCCGCAACACGUCCGUGUACUACACGUCGCACACGACGAGCGACCCCACGGUGCUCGCAAAGGAAGCCGCAAAAGCCGACCCUGUCACAUACACCGCCGCCCCGCGCAACUGGGAGAACCUGACCUUUUUCCACGCCAACGGCCACAGCACGCUCAAGAACACGAUCGAACUAUUAGAUUGCUGGAGCUCUCGGCCGGACUUUCCGCCGAUUUCCAUCUACUCGAGCGACGGCGGGUCCAACGACACGUAUUGGCGGCACCUUCGCGACGGGCGUCCCAUGCUAAAUGUCCAGUACCACAACGGAGUGUUUGUCACUCCCCCCAUGUACGGCAAGAUGAUGCUUGAAACGUCCGCCAUCGUCUGCCCUAGCAUCUCGGAAGGGUUUGGCCACUAUAUCAAUCAGGCGCGGGCGGCGGGGGCGCUGGUGCUCACGACGGACGGCGCGCCCAUGAACGAGUUUAUUGACGAGGCUUCGGGGGUGCUCAUCACGGGCGUGGGGGCGCGGUGGAAUUGGGACAAGACGAUCAUGGGGUCUGGGACAGAGUUCAACGUCGAGCACGAGCUCAUCUGUGACACUGUGGACCGCGUGCUGGCGCUGACGCCGGCGGAGCGAUCGACGCGAGCGGCCAACGGCCAGACGCGGUACCACGAGCAGCAAGCGUACUUUAAAGCUGCGAUGGCCAAGUUUAGGCGGCUGCUACGUCAGGAGCUGACUCCUGGUCGAACGACGUCGUCCGGCCUCCAGUAGGAACGCCCGAUUUCGUGGAGGUAUAGAGUGGGCAAUCUAGAAGUCCCGUGAAGGAACAAGUGUAGAGAAAACGUUAAGUCGUCUAGACUUUGGAAUACUAUGAUAGAUUUCCCCCCGACGUACGAGAUCGCAUGAAGCGCUCGUUGUUGGCAGUGUAUUACAGUAGUAUUAUUGCUAUAGUACAGACCUAUUUCCAUG